AAUACCCACAACGCACCGCGCAGGGGCACUUCAACAUGUAAAUAGCGCGAUAACUUUUAUUCGUUUUUCGUUUGCUCAAUGCAUUAACAUUAUAUUCAUAAGUCACGUUAUAUAUAUGUCAUAUAGAAUAGUUAAGAGUCGCUGUUUUAAAGAAGUGAUUAGCGAAUUAUGUCGCGUUAGCUUGUUAGCUUAGCCGAUCAUAACGGUGAAAUUAUAAAACCGAUCAAAUAUGGCAACAGUUGUGAAUCCUGUUUACUUGCUGUUGUUAUUGUUUUCAUUUAUAGUUUGAAUUAUCCUGAGCAAACGCAAUAUUAUUCAUUAAUCAGUGAUUCUUUGUUACUCUGGGAAACAAGGAUUUAUGUUUUAGUGACAAUAAUUAAAUGUAUAGAUACUGAUCAUAUCUCAGCAUGGACAAAGAACAGCGAAAUACCGUUAUUUUCAAUGCAUCCAAACGCGAGAUCUUCAGUAAUAACUCUGGAUUCAAGUCUCUGCAGAAGAAAUUAAGAGCACAGUGGAAGAUUCAAAGCAUAAAAGAGGAGCUCACUCUGGAGAAACUCCAAGGAGCGAAGUUAUGGGUCACCGCUGGCCCUCGAGAAAAGUUCACUGCUGCUGAGUUGGAGGUUCUUAAGCAAUAUCUGGACAGUGGUGGAGGUCUUCUUGUGAUGCUUGGAGAAGGAGGAGAAAUGAAAUAUGACACUAAUAUCAACUUUCUUCUGGAAGAGUUUGGCAUUAUGGUUAAUAAUGAUGCCGUUAUAAGGAAUGUCUAUUACAAGUAUUUCCAUCCCAAGGAAGCACUUGUGUCCAAUGGCAUUCUGAACAGGGAGAUUAGUCGUGCUGCUGGUAAAGUGGUCACAGGAGUCACUGAUGAAGAAAAUACUGGGAAUAAUUCAAAGGCACUUACGUUCAUAUACCCUUAUGGGGCCACAUUAAAUGUUAUUAAGCCUGCGGUGGCGAUCCUGUCCACUGGCUCUGUGUGCUUUCCGCUCAACAGACCUGUGCUUGCCUUCCAUCGUGCCAAGAAUGCGGGCAAAUUGGCAGUUCUGGGCUCAUGUCACAUGUUCAGUGACCAGUACCUGGACAAGGAGGAGAAUAGUAAAAUAAUGGAUAUUGUUUUCCAGUGGCUCACAACAGAUAGCAUUCACCUCAACCAGAUAGAUGCAGAAGACCCAGAGAUCACAGACUACACCAUGCUGCCAGACACAGGGAGUCUGUCCAACCAGCUGAGGGUGUGUCUGCAGGAGGGAGACGAGAACCCGCGAGAUUUCACAUCUCUAUUUGACAUGUCUCUGCUGAAGCUGCACACAAACACACUUCCCUCAUUCAUAGAUGCUUACAAGCAGCUGAAUGUCAAACGUGAACCUCUGCAGUUGAUCACACCACAGUUUGAAACGCCUCUGCCCCCUCUGCAGCCUGCUGUCUUUCAGCCAGCCUUUCGUGACCUGCGCCCGCCCAUGCUUGACCUUUUUGACCUUGAUGAGACCUUUUCUUCAGAGAAAGUGAGGCUGGCUCAGCUUUCAAAUAAAUGUACCGACGAUGAUCUUGAGUUCUAUGUCCGUAAAUGUGGAGACAUCUUAGGAGUGACUGGGAAUUUAGACAAUGACAAGAGAGAUGCGAAGCACAUACUGGAACACAUCUUUUUCCAGGUGGUGGAGUUCAAGAAACUCAACGAAGAACAUGAUAUUGACACAACAGAAGCAAGGUUCAAAAUCUACUGAAGCUGGAAGGACUUCUGAACUGUGGAGCAAUAUAACAUUGGAUCGUGUUGAUGUGUGUACAUAUAUAGACACUCGGACGGCAACUGAAACAGGUGCUCUUCAGCACUGCUCCAAGUGUGUGAACAGUCAGAUGUGGUUUAUUAGAACUCAGUGAUCUGUCUUACUCAAGCUGUCUUUGCCUGGUUUGAGGUAUACACAACUUUUCUUGUAAUAAAUAUUUACCAUUAGUUUUUUCAAUAAAUGAAAAAUGGAAGCAGUGUUUUCUUGUUUGAACAUUUUAUUUACACACAAAUAUUUUUUACAUACACAAAAUUCCAGUUGAUGAAAUGGUAAUAAAAUCAUAUUACAGAACCAAUUCAUGUGGUCCAAUCACAUAGUAAAACUAUUCAAAUUCAAACGUAUCCUAUUCAUCAAUACAUAUUCUUUGACAUUGCUUUUGAUAGUGCAUACCAGACAAUAUAGUGCAUUCCAGACAACUCGGAACUCUAAAUAUUCCCUCUUGCUACUUGAAAAUAAUGACUGGAACGCCACUCAAAGUUGGAUAUGCGACAUCUAAAGUUGGGGUAAAUUGAUAAACCUGACUUCAGUAAGAAGUGUCAUUUGAUGUCAUUUCCAAAAUGGUGGGGCCCAAAGAGCAUAAACUGUAGC